GUUGGUGUGUGUGGGUCGUGUUGUAUUUGGCAGGGGGCGCAGGGGGGUUUGUGGAGAUGGUAUUUUCAGCGUUUUCGGUUUUACUGUCCCUGAGCAGAAGUCAUAACCAUGCAGCCUUCUCUGUUAAAAGAGGGCAUUCUCUACCAUCUGGACUAUCCAGUGGUAUUUAGUUCUAUGGUGGAUGUCUGGGGAUGCUCCAGAUGGUCCCUGGAAGAGUGGGCCUCAUUCUUUGGAGACAAGCAGCUGAGUUUGAGAAUAGGCAAGCAGGAGGAAAAUGCAGCCGGUCCUCAGUGGGAGGCAGAGAACGUCACCGUCUCGGCCACGGUACGCCAGCUGUUGGACUGGGCGGCGGGCAGACCCAGCAAGAGGCGCCUGUCGCAGGACGAGCCGUCACCCCUGGCCCCCUACCGACCGGACACACACUGGGCCUACUACGCCUACAAACACAUACCACAGGAGUUCGGCGAUAGUCCGUAUGCGGCCGCGAAACUGGGUAUCGACUGGAGUAUGUUUGGCUUCCCUGGUCGGGGUGCGGAACAUAGUACGCUGUGGCUGGGUACGCCCGGAGCUCACACACUCUGCCACCGCGACACAUACGGCCUGAACCUGGUGACACAGCUGGUCGGCAGGAAGCGGUGGACACUGUUCCCGCCUUCGGAUGGACCCCGACUGUAUCCCACCCGGGUGCCUUACGAGGAGUCGACUGUAUUCAGCGCCGCCAACCUGCGACGACCCGACUUCAACAAGUUUCCAGACCUGGCGUCCACGCAGCCUCAUAUUGUGGAGCUGACGGCGGGUGAAACACUGCUGGUGCCGCGACACUGGUGGCACCUGGUGGAGAACCUGGAAACCUCCGUGUCCAUCAACACCUGGAUAGAACUGCCGUGUGACGCCGAGGCCAGGCUCCAGGAGGCCCUGGUCCGAACCAUGGUGUCCCGCCUGCCCGCGGACGCCGCCUCCGCUCGGCUGCUGCUCAACGACCCGAUGGAGGAGUGCUGGCCGCUGGACGCCUGUCUCUCCGUACUCCAGCAGUCCGCGGCCGCCCUCAGCCUCCCUCCAGCACCUGCCCCGCCGAGGGACCGGCGCGCCUUCUGGGCAACCUACCGCGCCUGGUCGGGAAAUCGCCAAGUGCCGGCCUGUCCACCCUCCGCCCUGCUGAGGCCAGAGGUGCAGACAGCACAGACAGCCAGUGCGGCCAGCUCGCCCGAUCCAGUGGUAUCCCCGCGGUUAGGGUCACCCGAGUCUGUAGCCUCUCCUUCGGCGGGGGCAGGGGUCAGAGAGGUGUACCUGGCACUGGCGGAGGCGGUGACUGAUCCGCAGACCGUGGCCGCGGCGGCUGAGGCGUUCAAACGCGCCCUGAGGAGACGAGGUGGGGUGCAUAUGCUGUGAUGGAGAGGGAAGGUAAGGGAGGGAGAGGGAAGCUCGGCGAUAUUUGAUCUUUUCUGUGAAAUGUCAGCUGUGAAAUGUACAUACUCUUAUUAUUAGUAGUAUGGGCUGUGCUGCAUUGUGGUGGUAUUCAAGCAAGUGCUUUUAGAUCUUUAUGCGAAUGUAUCUGUGACCAAUAGUACUCGUAUUGCUUUGAUAAGGACACUGCGCUUCUUACAACAUAUCUGUAUUUUGCGAAUAAGACAAGCUAGAAACUU